CAGAAUGGAAGUCUAAUUUGAACAAUUUCAAACACGAAAUCACAACAUCCAAGAAGUGAAGAAUGGAUUUGAGGUUGCUGGGUAUCGAUAACACACCACUCUUCCACACUCUCCAGCAUAUGAUGGAAGCUGCCGGUGAAGAUUCCGACAAGUCGGUCAAUGCACCAUCAAGGAACUACGUUCGUGAUGCUAAGGCCAUGGCUGCUACACCAGCGGACGUGAAGGAGUAUCCUAAUUCGUAUGUUUUUGUUGUGGAUAUGCCAGGGUUGAAAUCUGGAGAUAUUAAAGUGCAGGUGGAAGAAGACAAUGUGCUGUUGAUUAGCGGAGAAAGGAAGAGGGAAGAAGAGAAAGAAGAGGCAAAGUUUAUUAGGAUGGAGAGAAGGGUUGGGAAAUUCAUGAGGAAGUUUAGUCUGCCAGAGAAUGCGAAUACUGAUGCGAUUUCUGCUGUUUGUCAAGAUGGAGUUCUGACUGUUACUGUUCAGAAAUUGCCUCCUCCUCAGCCAAAGAAACCAAAAACAAUUGAGGUGAAAGUUGCUUGAAGUUAUGGACUCUGUUUUAUGAAUGGAGCUUCUCUGUUUUGAUGGUUUAAACAUGGAUUUAAUAAAGUGAUUGCUGCUCUAGAUUUACCAUAUUUUGAUGCAUCCAAAGUGUGAAGGAUUAACCAAAAAUUGUUAGUGCGUGUAUCUUGUUUGAUACUGAAUUGAAUUUUCAUUACUUUUUUUUGUCUCAUUUCCUUACUUGGAAGUUAUAGCUGUAUCACAAUAGCCAUUAUCAUUUCACCUGAUUUAUAAAAUAGAUAUACACCCUCGAUUCCUUU